AUGAAUAAUUUCGAAAAGGUUGACGCGUUGGGAUAAUUGCCAUAAGCAAGGUUUGGACACACCAUUACUUAUAUCGCAAAGGGCAAGGCUAUUUUAUUUGGUGGGGCUACUGGUGAUACUGGGAAAUAUAGCAUAACAGGAGAUACAUUCUCAUUUGAUAUGCAGACUAAAUAAUGGAAAAGGGUUGAAGUAUAGGGAACUGCACCUAACCCAAGAGCAGCGCAUGCAGCAGUGUGUGUUGAUAUAAAUUAAAUAGUAAUUUAUGGUGGAGCAACAGGAGGUGGUAGUUUAGCAUCGGAUGAUCUAUAUUUGUUAGAUUUAAGAUCAGCAGAUGAUAUCGGAUAAUGGACUGUAGUACCUGUGGUUGGAACAACUCCAGGAAGAAGGUAUGGUCAUACACUUACAUUUACGAAACCAUUUUUGAUUGCAUUUGGAGGAAAUACAGGUCAGGAACCAGUUAACGAUUGUUGGUGUGUUAACGUUGAGAAGAGUCCCAUUACAUGGAUGCGAUUAGAAUGCAAGUCAGAAUAGCCAAUAGCAAGAGUAUAUCACUCCGCUAGUAUUUGUACUAAUGGUAGUGCCAAUGGGAUGGUCGUAGCAUUUGGAGGUCGCUCAAAUGACUAACAAGCAUUAAAUGAUGCUUGGGGAUUGAGAAGGCACAGAGAUGGAAGAUGGGAUUGGGUAAAAGCACCAUAUAAACUCGAAAAAGAGCAACCAAUUGGCAGAUAUUAACAUUCCACUCUAUUUGUCUAUAGCAUGCUAUUUGUCAUUGGUGGUAGGACUGGGAAUGUCGGUGAAACGCUCACAAUCGAUGUCUAUGAUACUGAGACUUCUGAGUGGUCUAAAUUCAAUAGUAUUCAAAGAUUCAGACAUUCUUCUUGGUUGGUUGAUACCAAUAUUUUUGUUUAUGGUGGAUUCGAGUUAGAUUCCCCUAAUAUCCCAACUGACAUCAUUUCCAAAAUCAAUUUGAACAAAUUACUAUUACCAAGUGAACCCUUAACUAAUAAAUUAGGCUAAUAUUAACAUGCAUAAAGAAAUGUAUCCCCUCAAUCUCUCUCACCUUAGAUGAGUCCUGCUUCAACAGAUACGUCCAAUUCUUCUUUAAAUAAUUCAUUGAUGCAAAAAAAGGGAGCACCAAACAACUAAAUUAAUACUCAAAAAUAAUAAAAGCCUUUUACUUAGAAUCAAGUUGAAAAACCCUCCUUUAAAUUCAUUAAUUAGGCUAUUGUGGCUGAAGAGAGCAGAGACUCGAAAGUCUAGAAUAAAAAACAAAGGCUUCCCUAAUCUGCUCAAGAUAACAAUAUUGCUCAUUUAUUUAUUAAUACACUCUUGUAACCAAAGACUUUUAUUAACCUUCAAGAAAAUGCUAAGUUUUUAUUUUAAGCACAACAUAUCAUCAUGCUCUGUGAUUAGGCUGAGGCAGUUAUCAAAGAAUAACCAAUGGUCUUAAGAUGCAAGGCUCCCAUUAAAAUCUUUGGGGAUAUUCAUGGAUAGUAUUCUGAUUUAAUGAGAUUCUUUGAUUUAUGGGGAUCACCUUUUGUUGAUGGUAAGGAUAGUGACAUUGAAGCAUUUGACUAUCUGUUUUUAGGAGAUUUCGUUGAUCGAGGUAAUCAUUCCCUAGAAACCAUCUGUUUACUUUUGGCUUUGAAAGUCAGAUAUCCAGAAUCAAUUCAUUUAAUUAGAGGUAAUCAUGAAGACAAAUGGAUUAAUAAUGGAUUUGGAUUCUCAGAAGAAUGUGCUUAGAGAUUAGGCGAAGAUCCAAACGAUGAUGAUUCUGUUUUUGCAAGAGUUAAUAGAUUAUUUGAAUGGUUACCAUUGGCUGCAAUUGUCGAAGAUAAAAUAAUCUGUCUACAUGGUGGUAUUGGUAGCUAAUUGAAUUAUGUUGCUGAAAUUGAGAAUCUACAAAGACCCCUUGAAGUUAUACAUGAAGUCACGACUCCAGAAUAAUAAUUGGUUGUUGACAUCCUAUGGUCUGAUCCUACUGAUUCUGAUUAGGAUUUUGGAAUCCAACCAAACAUUAUCAGAGAUCCUGCAGGAACUGGAAACAUUGUUAAGUUUGGUCCAGAUAGAGUUAUCAAUUUUCUUAUAAAAAACAGUCUUUCUCUUAUAAUUCGUGCUCAUGAGUGUGUCAUGGAUGGUUUUGAAAGAUUUGCAGCUGGUCAAUUAUUGACAGUAUUUAGUGCCACUGAUUAUUGUGGUAGACAUAAAAAUGCAGGGGCAGUACUGAUUUUAAAACGAAAUCUAGAGAUUGUUCCUAAAUUAAUAUAUCCACAAAAUCUAAAUGCUCACAAUUGGAUUGAAGAUGAAGAGACACUUAAAAAAAGACCUCCAACACCACCUCGUUGGAAAAACUAGGGUCAACGUAGAAGUUACGAAUGA